UGAUAAAUUCUAUUCAACGGCAGACAUGCAGGCCGUCGAUAUGCGAUAUCAAGACGUCCAUCACGUACGACCUACUCACUGCAGACCCACCCAUCCAUCCAGCAACACACACACAGUGUCACAAUCGGCUUAUUGAAAAAGAACACUGAGCUCGUCCCUCUCGCCGUCAGGUACAGCAGCAUUCAGUCAGCUAGUCAUGCUUGCGUGAGAGGAGUCCCUUUGUCUCCUCUGCCGGCUUGGUGUCCUCCCCUCUCUCGGCCGCCAGAUGCUGCGCGUCAUGCCGCUUUCUCACCGCGGCACGUUGGUCGGUCGCACACCUGGCUGACAGAGAGAGAGCAACAAGCAAACGAGCGCCAGCACCAUCGCAGUGAGUUGGGUGAGUGAGAAUGCGCAAGUUUGCAUGCUCACCAUCAGGUGGGGUGGCGCCAGCUGUUGGUGUCGCCAAUGGUGACCCGAUCAACGUCGAGGGCUCUGUGUGUAAGCAAGGCGGUGACAUGUGUGUGUGUGAGGUAAGGUGACCACCGCUUAUACGUACCUUUUCCGUAGACGGUGAGCGGCCUCACGAAGGUGCGCCCAACAGAGCCGAACGCCUCGUCAAGCGUCAGGUCCUCAGUAGCGCCCCAACACACAGCCUCGUAGCCCUCAAACACGACGUACUCCGGGCGGCUCGGGUUCAAGUUGUCGUGACUGAGCAGCGGCCACAGUCGGCGCUGCAGGGCGCGCACAGUGGCACCCUCAAAUUCCACUGGGAUCUCCGGAUUGUUCUUGGGCGCUACCCAACGCCGCCUGCCCGAGAGUAUCUUUCCUGUUUCAGCAGGCAGGGAGAGAGAGCGAGAGAGAGAGAGGAAGGGACUGAUUCGCUUCGGCUGUGGCGCACUGCCACUCUCUCUCACCUUCACGAAUUUGCCUCUCUCUAAACUCCUUGUCGGCCAACUCCAACUCGUCAGGGUAAACCGUCGUCCCGGGUCGGGGCGAAGAGAUCACCUCCCCCAUCUCUCCGCCUCGCUUUGUCUUCACCCUCCCGCCUUUGCUCGCCUGGAGAGAGCGGUUGGC